AACAUUUUUGCGUCGUCUGGUUCAAAGCUUCAAAAUCAUUGAUCAAAAUUCGGAAACAACUCCGUGAGUGACUUCAGACCUUGGAGAAUAGGAUUUAAAGUUCACAGUCUGACGCUUUCACGUCGUUGCAUAUUGCCGAGACGAACAAAUGGCUCACGAUAGUUUUGAUAACGAAGAUAUGGUAUUUAAGGAUAAGUACCGAAACUUGAAAAGGAAGCUCAAAUUUCUCAUCUAUGAAAAUGAAUGUUUUUCAAUGGAGAUACGUAACAUGGAAAAAAAACUUCUCAGGAUUCUCAAAGAUCGAACUUUUCUUCUUGAUAUGUUGACCCAGCAUGAGGCGGGGUCUCCUGCAUUUGAAUCAUCAGAUGAUGAUAUGACAGACUCAUCAGAUGGUGAAAUGAAAAUGCAGCACAAAAAUUCUGAUAGAAAGAAAAAAAUGAAAACAGAACGUGGGACCAAGAAAACCCCUGGCAUUCCAUCUAAACCUCGAAGGAAACCUCCCAGUAAAAUAGAAAAGAAAAACAGUGUUAAACCAGAAACAGUAGCAAGUUUGUUAAUGGAAGAUUCAUUAAGUUCUAAACAAGAAGUCACAAACAAGACUGGGCACAUGACUCCAGAAGAAGUUGUGAGACACUUGGAAUCAAGAAGAGCUCAACAAAGUCAACUGGAAUUUUCUUUUGCCCCUGACAAAGCUCCUGCUACAGUCCCAACUGAAAUGUUUAGCAAUGACAUGGAAAUAGGCGGUGGCAACUUCCGUGAAUUUCUGGACGAUAUUGAUACUUCGCCUAGUAACGGUGGAGAUGAGAACGUCACAAUUGAUAUGGAUCAUAACUAACCAAUAAAACUCAAAAUAUAUUUCAAUAAAACAAAUUGUUUCGCCUGAAAAAUAUUUGCUUAUCUAAUGAUUAACACCGUAUUAUAUUUUUUUUACAAGUGGUAUAAUGGCUCUGCUUGCUAUGUAAAGAUUUCCGAAUUUAGAAAGUGGAACAAGUUGAAGCAAAAUUGGUUCAAA